AUGGAAGUGUCGGUGUCUGAGUUGAACGGCAAGAGGUGGAUUCCGGUUAAGAAUUAUGAUACUGAUGCAAUUGAUUCUGGUUUACUACAAGUGCCGAGACGUAGUUACGUCGUAUUGGACGAAACCCGUUUGGACAGCGGUCGCGCGAAUGUGGCGAAUUUGAGGGCCUUGCAGUCGUUGGUUCGCGAUCAGAAGGUUUGUGUGCAAUUCGGCCCGACACAGAUCGAGUUGCCGAUAGAGACUAACGUGUUGACAUUAUCUGUGUCGCGAUCGGUGGCAGAAAUCGUUUGGUUGUUCGAUAGAGGAACUAGGGAGGCGACUGAAGCCGCUCGAAGCCUCGCGGAAGGCCUCGUCGGUACCGUUGAUAGCACACUACGCAAUGAAGCUGUUGAGCUUGGACGAGUUGGAAGUAUAGCAGAUAUCAAGGACCAUAUCGGGGAUGGCAAAUUGUGGCAUCGAUUUUAUGAGGACCCGGCGUAUAAAUGCCCGGUUCGAGCCUCGCAGAGAGCAUUUGAUUUGUUCCAAGCCUUCGUGGCGUCAUCAAGUCAAAUAUCAUCAACCACACAGAUUGGAUUUCCGGCGCGAGUGAAACUAAUCGAUGCGACCGGGAUGAUUCCGCACAGUCUUGCAAGUUCGCCGAAUUCUGUGGAACAGGCGGAGAUGUUCGCGUGGCAAAAUGAAAUGACAAAGUCUGACGCGGAGUUGGCGUAUCAAAUAUUGAGAUGUUCAUCUCUUCCGUUGCUGUCGGACACUCUUCCCCACAGAGUUGCGACCAGCGCUAAGUUCGCGGCAUUGAAGCAAACUAGAGUUCCGGUCAGCGAUAGGAAGCCUCCUCAGGUCUGCACGUUAUCUGUCUCUACUUCGUCCACUUCCCCUUCCCUAUCUACUGGUAUCACCGCGAUGACAUGUUCAAGUGAUGCCAGUGUUAUCGGCGCGGCAUGCGAGGCGGGGAAUAAAGUGCUCCUGUGGAAUUUGGAUGCUAAAUCUGAUCUACCUUCUGCACCGGGUGAGCCUCCUACAUCGGAAGUCGCGGCACACACGCUGGUAUCGCAGGAUCUACGUUUCGUUUCGAGUGUUUAUAAACAUCUAUACUACGACAAUUCCGAUCCGGCCUCCCUAGAUGGGCAUACCAGCAAGAUAAGUGUUCCUGUCGGCGGCGGUGUUAGCGCGAUCGAUUUGGCCCCGGACUGUCCCUUGUUGGCAGUCGGCACGCGAAAGGGUCAGCUUUCCCUAUGGAGUAUCGAGAAGCUGUGUAAAAUAGUUGCCUACAGCGGUUACGGUUCGACAAACCCUUUGUGGGCAUUGAAGUGGAGUCCCCUAUCAUACUAUAUGUGUACGACGGCACCAUCGGCUAACUUGUCGGGAGUGGACUGUCGUUUAUGGCGAACAGAUGUACCUGUUUGCCUUAGAGUCUUGGUAGAGGAUACGCAUGGCAAGAGGCUCUCUUGUGGAUUCAACCAAAUGUGUUGGCAUCCAAGUGGACAGAUGGUGGCAGUCGCGCAAGGCGAAGUCAUACAGCUAUGGGAUGUUGCCACUCCGAGAUGUGCUCGUAAGCUCUUCCUACCCCCUGGUGCGGGCCUAGUGCUGUCCAUGGAGUUCUCACAUGGUGGAGAGCAGUUAGCUGCAGGAACUUCGGCAGGACGCCUGCUAUGUUGGGAUCUACGGAAGACCGGGCAGCGACUUUGCAACCAUCCGACUGGAUCGCCAGUGACGUGUUUGACUUGGUCUUGGCCGGUCGCUGGGAUGUCGCAUGGUCUCGACGGUAUGCCGGUACCGCCUCAGUACGGCUAUGAACAACUCGUUUCAGCCGAUGACACCGGGAAGUGA